GUUUCUAUUGUCUUGUGAUUGUGCAAACUGCAUUUCUAGUUAGUUUGUUUGAUUACUGAUUGUGUAUGAUAAUGUUUAAUUUAUCAUUAUAGAUAAAUAAUAGUUAUUAUAUUCGUUAAUACGUGUCUUAUAAAUUUGUUAUGUUUGCCUUAUGAACGAUGUUGGGCCAAUUCGAAAACGUUGGUGCAUUUAUUCGUAAUUGCAGUGCGAAAACAUUACGAUAUGAUCAAGCAUGUUUGGAGUUAAUAACAGAUGAGCCCAUUACUUUUUGGAGUCAAUAUGAAGAAUGUGAGAAUUGCAUGUUAUUGGAGACUGCAAAAUUAUCAAAAACGGGAAACAUCAUUCUUGAAACCAUAAGCCCUUUGCAUUAUGCUAUUAAAAGUGGCAAUGGAGAAAUAUGUAAUGGAACCUAUAAGUUUGAGGAGUAUGGACAGUACAGCAUUAAUGUGACCGAGGUUGUAAAAGAUGAGUGCCUCCCUCGCAUGACAGCGGAACCAGACGCAGCCUACCUGCCGAUACUUACUGCUGUUGUAGUGCUGCUGUCGAUGGCAACUCUGUGGUAUAUUGUAAAAGGAAUUGGAAAGAGGGUUGUUGCUGGACGUCUUUAUGCGAGAUAUUUUGCGAGAGAGGACAACGAGUUGGGCUCCGAAACCCGCGUGCUGACCACCGAGGAUAGCGUACCACGCGCCCCGCCUCGCUCCCGUCUUCGCUCUCUGGACAUAUUCAGAGGAUUCUCCAUCGCGCUCAUGAUAUUCGUGAACUCGGGCGGCGGCGGGUACCGAGUCUUCGCCCACUCCGUGUGGAACGGCAUCAGUGUGGCCGACGUGGUGUUCCCCUGGUUCGCUUUCACCAUGGGAGAGUCACUGGUGCUCUCGUUGAACGCGAGGCUCAGGACUUCCCUGCCGAGGAUGACCGCCUUGAGACAAGUAAUAUACAGAUCGCUGGCACUAUCUCUCAUCGGUAUCUGCCUGGGCUCUGUCAAUGUGUCUUGGGGGGAUGUCCGACUGCCCGGAGUGUUGCAACGUUUGGCAGCUAUGUACCUCAUCGUGGGAGCCCUGGAGUGUGCCUUCAUGAGAACCAGCCAGAACAUAGUCCCAGGUCGGUCACUGGUGCGGGACCUGGCGGCGGGCUGGCAACAGUGGCUCGCCACGUGUCUUCUGGUGGCGGUGCAGGUGUGUAUCACACUAACAGUAGCGGCCCCAGGCUGUCCCCGGGGGUAUUCCGGCCCGGGAGGCCUACAUCGCACUGCCUUAGGAGACUUCUCACUGCAGAACUGCACGGCUGGCAUUGCGGGGUAUAUUGACAGAUUAAUCUUGGGUCCGACUCAUCUGUACCAAAGAGGUACCUUCCGCAGCGUAUACCACACUGUUGAGCCCCACGACCCUGAGGGUCUGCUGGGUAUACUGUCCGGAGUGCUAGUCGUGCAGGCGGGUGCACAUGCCAUGAGGAUCAUGCUAGCCUACAACCACGCCAGAGCGCGGAUAAUGCGGUGGGUGUUCUGGUCGGUGGUGUUCGGCACAGCGGGUGGAGCGCUCUGCUCCUUCUCCAAGAACGGAGGUGUUCUGCCCAUCAACAAGAACCUGUGGUCGCUCUCCUACUGCCUGGUGACGGCCGGGAUGGCUUUCUUCGUGCAGGCCACACUGUACUUCCUGGUGGACUUGAAGACGAAGUGGGGCGGGCGCCCUCUGUACUACGCCGGUCAGAACGCUCUGCUGCUGUACGUGGGCAGCGAGCUCCUGAAGCGCCACUUCCCGCUGUACUGGCACCUGGCUGCUCCCUCGCACACCCAGCUGCUGACGGCCCACGCGGCCGCCAUGCUGAUUUGGCUCGCGGUCGGCGUCGCCCUCCACAGAAAGAGAAUUUUCAUCACGCUGUGAUGAUCCUCUGCUUUCGUUAUUGCCCAUAUAAUAUAUCGAUCUACUAUCUUGAAUAGGCGUGAUGACAGAUUUUGGAUUCCCCUUGUAUGAAGUCCCGGUGCACGGCUACUACUUCCAAAUUUUACCACUGGAAGGCUCCUUUGCACAGGAUGUCGGAUUGAUUAUGGGUGCCUAUGCCACAACGGCGCCUAUUUGUGCCGUGAAGCAGAACGUACUGUGUUUCGGUCUGAAGGACGCCGUAGCUAGUGAAAUUACUGGGCAAAUUAUACUUAACAUCUUAUGUCUCAAGGUGACGAGCGCAAUUGUAGUGCCGCUCAGAAUUUAUGGGCUUUUCCAGAAUCCUUAGGGGCACUGCAUUGUAAUGGGCAGGGCGUAUCAAUUACCGUCUCGUCCCGUAUUUUUAUUAAAAAAAUAUUUUGAGCUAUAAGUUGCUGAAUUACGCACGAUGACGCUCGUAAGAGUCACGGUGGCUGCCUAUGACGUCAUUUUCUGAUCGCAACUCGUGUGAUCUUGAGUCUCGGAUGGCUUGGAAACUGAAAACCAACAAUACAAGAACUUGGAAAAUGAAACAACUUGGUUACACUUAUAUUACGUAUAUCAAUGAAGUACAUUGACCGCGUCUGAGCACAUUACGUAAUAGUUAGUAACAAAACCGCACGAAAUGAACGGACGCUUCCGCGAGCUCACUUCUCGGUAGGUACGCUUGUCUUGAUUCAUUUAAUAAGAUAAUUAUCAUAUCAUUUCAUAAAACAACUCCCUUAAGAGUUAUACUACGAAAGAAAUAAAAAUAGAUGCAAACCGUUCCAAGCCUUGCGCUCAACAUUAUUGAGCCGUGACGUCAUUAUCUCUGAUUUGUGCUUCACUAAACAUUUAAUUUUUUUUCUUAUAUCUCGAUACUCUCAAUGUUUUAAUCACAACUGAGUAAAAUUUUGAUAGGUAAUCCAUUUAUCAGAAUUUGAAAACCAUUUAUUAUUCGAUUCAUAUUGUCAUCAUGCCCAUUGUGUAACUUGUCUAUACUUUCUAACAGAAUUUAUUGUAUAUUGAGAACGUAGAAAUAUAUUUUUAGCAAAAAUUUGCGUCAAAUGUGGUCCUAUCGCUGAUUACAUAAUCACAUCAAUGCCUUGUUCAACCUCCAAAAUAAUGCAUGAUGGAAGUUGUUUGUAAAACUGUAUAUAAUGUUUAUAUGAUAGGUUUAUUUUGCAGCGUUCAUUCUAUUUAUAUAUUAAUUAAAUUUUAUUUUUAAUGUUUACAUAUACGACGGUAAAUAAAUAAUAACGCAAUUAAACUUAUUUUGAAUUUUGAUGGCUGAAUGCAUAAAAACUUCCGUGUUUAAAAAAAGUAGCACCCACGAUAUUUUGUUGUUACUUGAAUUUUCAAAAAAUUGCGUCUUGUAUUUAUUGUGAUGAUGUUAAUGUGGCGUUAUUCGUAAAUGUAUUAAUAAUGUCGUUCGAUGAACGUUUGACGUUCUCAGUUCCACUCGUACUUAUUUGAUUAGUUGAGAAACGAUUUAGUGCAAUAUUUGUUUGUUAUAGACUAUCACAGAAAUAACACGAUUGAGAAAGAUAGUCGUGGCUAUUUGGAGCUCCCUUGCUGCAACACGUAUGGUUUACUUACUUGUUUUGAGACCAGCAUAGAGUAACACGGUCCACCGAGAGAAGAAGCCACAGCGUUUUUUCUGUAACUGUAACUGUCUGUCAUUUUUGGUGGGGAGAAAUCUGCGUCACGCACACUAUCUCAGACUCCCACACAAAAACAAUCGUCUAUCACUACGAAACUCACACGUUAAACUUACAACAGUAAUUUCUCAAACACGUGAUACAUUCUGCGUUAUAACAGUGUAAUAAAGCGACGCCACUACAUGACAAGCUAUGCUAGACGUAGCAUUAUUAUCGAUAAAUUCCAGAAUUUUUCGAUACUACGUUUCGACAGUUCACAAAAAAAAUUGUGGGGCGACUACUCAAACCCGCGACUAGAUUUAGUCUAGGGAGGUGUGCGGCUUCAAUUAGUUCUAUUAAAUUCGCAUAGCUGCGUGGACUUGUACUCUGACAACUCCUAGUUAUGCGGAGUCUACUCCCCUCCGAUCCGCCGGUGGUCCGUGUUGAUCUAUGUUUGAAGCUGUCUGCCGAGUCUGCAAUAAAACAUCGAUAAUAUACACAUAACAUAACACACACGGACGAUGAUAAAACCAGAACUUUUGCUGGCGGUACGACAUUAGAACGCAAGUUGAUUACAACAAAAUAAGUUUGACAUGCAUCUAAAUUUAGAAUUGUCUGUUGCAACGAUGUAGGAUGCGUCCGUCCUUUGUGAGAACACGUGCGUCAUGUUGGCUCAUAGUAAAUGAUCACCGACCGGAAUUUUUUUUUACUUCACAACCGUAAUAAAACAGCUUAUUUUGAUAAAAAAUAUAAGAUCUUAAUUGAUAUUGGUAGAGAUUAGUUGAUAUUGUUAAGUUAGUGUUUUGUUGUUAAUAUUAGUUUGUGUGAGAUGUGUAUCGUAGUCCUGUCAUGUACGUGUCUCCUUUGAAUACAAACUGUGUCGCUAUGUAUGAUCCGAGAGUAUGACAAGUAAUACAGUCAGCAAUGUAGCCCAGAGAGUACAGAACAGUCUGCAGGUCCGUUGUAGUGAACUCCGGACGUGGUUCAAUAUGGCGUGUCUAUUGACGUCUCCACUCGUUUAAUUACUCCAUUGGCACAACAAACUGAAUGAUACGAAAACACACAAUUAUUAAAACGGUCACUAAAAUGAAUUGUCAUUGAUUACCUUUUUUCGUGUGAUUUUUUUUACUCUUUUCGCAAGUGACGGAGUAUUUUUUUGUUAAUUUUACAAUAGCAGUAUAAUAUCUAUGAUAUCAUGGGGUAUUGUAUAUUAUAUAUUAUGUUAUAUAUAUAACUGUAACAUUGUUCACCUAAAUAUUCGUCUCACGGGGUGUAGCGUACCAAAACUAAAUUGCGUAUUAGUAAGACUUAAUUAUUAUAUAAUAUUUUGAGAUUUGGCACAUUACAUGAGGUUGAAGUAUGGUUUGUCAGAUGUAUGGAAAAGAAAUUAAUUUAACGUAGAUUAUUCAUUCUAAAUGACAUUGUUAAACCGCAUUAAAGAUGACACCAACAAGAGAUUGUCGCAAAAUAAAUUAUAUAAAAAAUAUUGAAUUAUGGUUGGCGAGGACGACGUGAAGUAACUUGUUUCAAUUUUGUUUAAAACAGACCAACGGUUGAAGCCCAUACAGCCAGUGUUUGAUCUGAUAUCUAAUGGUAAUCAUGCAGUUUUUAUACAACCCCUCUCACGCUCGGUUAGGACUGAUUUGGCUGUCAUUCUUUUUAGUUUUUAUUAUACUUAGCUAUUAGCUGAAUAUUAUUGUAAAGGCGUUAUAGCGAACAUAGACAAUGUAGCUAUAAACUAUACAUAAAAUUAUUAUAAUAUCAAACUAACCAUGUACGAAACAUUUAUAACAAAUAAACUAUGUUAUCUA